AUUGCGCAUCGCCGAAACUCCAGCAUUCCGCUUCGUGCAAAUCCUCUCCAACCAUGUCGAAAGCAAAGGGCGCUGCCGCCGGUGUCGACACCAUCGUCAAGCUGAUUGUGGGAGCUGGCCAGGCCAGUCCAAGCCCUCCAGUCGGUCCCGCGCUUGGUAGCAAGGGUGUCAAAUCCAUGGACUUUUGCAAGGAGUUCAAUGCCAGAACAGCACACAUCGUACCCGGUACACCAAUGCCAUGCCGAGUCACUGUCCGCCCAGAUCGGUCUUUUACCUUUGACGUCAGAACACCUCAGACAUCCUGGCUGCUGCUCAAUGCCGUGGGAGCACCAGUGGGCAAGAAGGGAAACAGAAAAGGCGUCAGCAAGCCUGGACAUGAGACGGUCGGCACCAUCAGCUUAAAGCACGUCUACGAAAUCGCAAAAAUCAAGCAGUCAGAGCUUAGGCUGUCGGGCCUGUCGCUCGAGGGACUAUGCCGGUCCAUCAUUUUCCAGUGCAAAUCAAUAGGAAUCAACGUGGUGGCUUAACGAUACCAAGAGACAAAAAGAAAAAGAAUCGGCGUUUGAUGAUGGAUUUUUGUGAUACAGAAUGGACAGGGCUGGGGAGCGGAGAUGUGUAUAACAUAUAGUAGGUGCUGCAAGAUUCCGUCGAGCUGUACGAUGAAGAUUUGAACAAAGGCAUACAAUAGACAUUCGGCUUGUUUUUUCCCUCCG